AUGUCCUUUGUGCCCUAUCACAGCUCUGCGGCGGCAGCAAUGGCGGCGGCGGCGGCGGGCAUUUCCAGCCCAGCGGUACCGGCCGCCCGGGACCUCUUCGCCGAGGGGCUGCUGGAGUUCCUGCGGCCGGCCGUGCGGCAGCUGGACACGCACGUCCACGCCGUCAGGGAGAGCCAGGUGGAGCUGCGGGAGCACAUCGACAGCCUGGCUGCAGAGCUCUGCCGGAUCAAUGAGGACCAGAAAGUUGCCCUCGACUUGGAUCCCUACGUGAAGAAGCUGCUCAACGCCCGGCGCAGGGUCGUCCUGGUGAACAACAUCCUGCAGAACGCCCAGGAGCGCCUGAGAAGGCUCAACCACAGCGUGGGCAAGGAGACCGCCCGGAGGAAGGCCUUCCUGGACGCCAGUGGCAACUACCCCCACAGCUCUCCCAGCAAGUGAGGAGGGGGGCCGGAAGGGCUGGGAAAAAAAAAAUUCCCGAGCUUGUAGCUGUUUUUACAAGACACCACAAACUCCUGAAUAAAUCUUGGAAAGGGACAAAAAA